AUGGUGUUUACGAAAUUGAAAUUAUUUCUCAUAUUCCUGUGGUCCUUAACGCAACUCGUCAAUGGAUAUGUUCCACAAAAGCUUCAUCUAACCGUUUACUAUGAAAGCAAAUGCCCGGACAGCCAAAAAUUCAUACUGGAGCAACUGCAACCGGCGAUAGAUUUGCUGCACAAAUAUGUGAGGCUACGCUUGAUACCGUUUGGCAAAUCCAAGAGUAUGGAUUACGGCGACGAAGGGUUCGAAUGCCAGCACGGCCCACAGGAAUGCCUUGGCAACCUGGUGCAGGAUUGCGCGCUUAAGUACAUGCGAAAACACAGCGACCAACAGCGUGUGGCGUACGCCGUCUGCGAGAUGUCUUCUGAAGCUGGCACGCAAGGCAAUCUCGGCUGCGUUAAACACGCGGGCGUUGCGCGUGACGCAGUGGAGCAUUGCGUUAUGUCCGGCGAAGGGAUCGUGUUGCAACUCGACUCCGAAUAUCACACGAGCUCCCUGAAACCCCAGUUCAUACCGUCGAUAACCAUCAACGGGGUUUUUGACCAGCAAAUACAGGACUCCGCCUUGGUAGAUUUGAAGGGAACAUUAUGUUCACUGUUGAAGGAAGCCCAGCCCUGUGCUAACUACUAUAAUAAACAAGCAUGGAAAUAUUUAUUUUUUGACUCCGCC